AGAAGAGGAAAGAGAAGGUCUACAUGAUAGGAGAUGUCCCUGGAUGUAAGAGAACAAUGGAGCCGUAUGAAGAAUUCUACAAGAAGCAGUUUGCCAGAUUACAAGGGCAGGCGAUUUCCACCCAGCCCGCCGCUGCCGAUUCGCAGAGGGUGUCCGUCAUUCAGUUUCACGGUGUUGCGGUCCUCUCUCCCUUGCUCACGGUGGAGAAAAGGCAAGAAAUGCAGCAGCAUCGGCAGAAGGCCAUUGAGGUGAAUGAGAAGCGGCUGAGCAGCAGGAAGAAAUCCUUACUGAACCGCGUGCAGGAGAUCCUGGACACCGUGCAGGUAAAGACCGUUUCGAGUUUCGAGCCCAAUGCAGAGAAUCAGAAUUUAGAUCAAAACUCCCAUCUGAAAAACAUGAGUGGCUUUGCCAUUCUUCCAAAUGCACUUCACUUUCCAGUGUUCUCUGCCCAAAAUGGGCCUGCAAAGUUUGAGAAAUCGGCGGAAGACCUGAUUUACAAAAAAGAGCUGAAACUCACGGAGAAAAUCACUACUAAGGAAUGUAAAGACUGUACGUCUGUGACACAGAACAAAACCCCUACGGCAGACAAUGCAAAGGUUGUAUCCACAGAGGGCGCCGACGGCUCAGUUCCAGAAACCCCACCAUGCGAUCUACCACUUACCACCAAGGAGGCUCCAGAUCCUUACGUAAUGAGCUUACAAAACCUCUUGAAGAAGUCGCGGGAGUACAUUGAGCAAAGCAGAAGAAGCAUGAAAGGCAGCUCGAAGGGAGCUUCUUCUGAGAGUCAUUCGGACAAGGAAAACGAUACUAUUAAAAUUAGUGACUCUAUAAAAGAAAAGACCAGACUAGCACAUAGAAGUCGAAGCUCCAGCCCUUUGAUGGUUGACAAGCCAAUGUUAAAUAAGUCCAAUACCCUGUUACAAGCUGCCUUAUCUCAAGGUUCUCCACCAACGUUCUCCAAAGUGGAUGUUCCUUCAAGACAGGAAAUGUCCUCUGGUGCCGAGAACGAUUCUGAUGAAGAACUUCGAAGUGGAUAUUUGCUCGACUAUGAAAGUAACAUGAUUAAAAGCCUUACUGGUUCUUAUGCCAAACUACCAAGUCCGGAGCCAAGUUUAAGCCCCAAAAUGCACAGAAGGAGACCCAGGCCCUUAUCGGCGGGGAACAUUGUAAUAAACCACCCAGUAAAUGCCUAUGAGUUAAGCCCUAAAGAAAAAGGUAAAAUGAUGGACCUGAGCCACCCCGAAACAAAUGAAAAAACGCCAUUUUCUGACUUUGUGCCAAAAGACGUAGAUAAAGUAAUCCUAUCUUCCAUGAAAAGACAUUCCUUCAGUGAAAAUCUCGACCUCGUCCCGGAUUGGAACAGACACUCGAGAAGUAGCUCAAAGAUGGACCCUGACAACAGAGUCAUUAACUCAAGGACUGUCACUGUCCAGUGCACAAGUCCUUGCUCUGCAAACACACUGGAUGGGAGCGUCUUAAGCCACCAUGUUGACCUUCCGACCCCAGCGUCGGAUAAUGUACAGAAGCCAUGUGUUCCUUUGGAGAUGGUGAAGCGAAAUUCACCUGCAGAACUUAAUAAGUCUUACGAUGUGGAAACCCCAUCUCCUAUUUUAAUGCAAAGCCAGAGUACAACGCAAGCCUCUGACACACCUAACGUGUCCUCCACGAGGGGGCAGUUCACUGAGGACAACCUUGACGUUCAGGUUAAGCGGCGACUAUCUGACCUGGACAGCACACAGAGCGAACACUCGCCCGUGCCAAGUGAGGAGGAGAAAAGGUGGCUUCACGAGAGGAGAAAUCGCAGUGGGUCCCUCGGUGCAUCCAAGAGUGAGAUGUUACUGAAUAGCACAUUAGAGGAUAACCUGAAGAAGAAGAUGUUGGCUUUUGAAGAAAUGAGGAAGAAACUGGAAGAACAGCACGCUUAUCAGCUGUCACUGCUGAUGGCUGAACAGGAAAGGGAGCAGGAGCGGCUUCAGAGGGAGUUUGAAGAAGAAGGAAGAAGUCUGAGGGUCAAAGGUGUCGACCAGCCUUCUGCACAAGGUGGUUUGGAUAGUAGCAGGAUGAGGCCUGACUUGGUCAGUAGAAGUGAAGGCAGUCCACCCGAGAGUCAUUUUGAAAAUAGUCACUCAGUCAGCACAGUUGGAUCACUUAUUGCUCCUUCGCAGCAUAGUUAUGCUUCUACAGUUGAGUCAUCAUUCAGUCUUUGGGGAUCAACGGAGAGAAGAGCACCAAAAAUAUCUGCCUCAAGGCCCCUUAACAGACCAAAGACCAGAUGGUCUCAGGUUUACAGUCCACAAAUGCAAAGAAAAUUUAGUAAAGUGACGGCACUGGCCAAAGGUUUUCUUACACGAAGAUUAAUGCAGACAGAGAAGCUAAAGGCUCUAAAGCAAACAGUGAAGGAUACUGCAGAAUUCAUCAGAUCAUUUCAUACGGAGUUCCAGCCAAGCAGAGGACUUGUGUCUGCCCAGGACAUUUCAUUACAGGAAAGAGUCAUUGCUCAGCUGCAGGCAACUCUGUAUGAAAUCCAUGAUAUCUUCUUUGAAAUGGAUGCUGCAGAGAGGAUGAGUAUUCUGACUCAUGACCGGGAGCUGCGGCGAGAAAGGAUGCUCCGACAAAUGGAAAAGAGCCCUCGGGAUAGGGUGACCCUUUCAUCAGCAACUCAGAAGUCUCUGGAUAGGAAAAAGUUUACCAGGGCAGUAGAAAUUGGAAUGUCAAAUAGGAAACCAAUAUCGAAACCCAAAGCCUUGGAUUCCAGAAUCCUUCAGCCAAGUCAAGGGCAGAAUGCACCGAUCAAUAAACAGCUUUCCAGGCAAGGGAGUAUCUGCAAUAAGAAUCCCAAGAAAGAAGCCAAGUGUUGUGACAAUUUACGAAGACAGCAUUCUCUGGGAUGAAGUAGAAUUGUCUUAUUUUGUACCAUUUUGUUUCGCUGUCGAUUGGAUUUGGAUUAUCACUAAUACACAUUUGGACGCUGAUGUUGAUAAUCCAGAGCUUCAGAGUUUCUACUUUGCUUUUGGUUGGCAGGAUAGGCAGUGCUGCUUAGCUGCACACUCCUAAAGAUUUGCACAUUUUUACACCUAUACUACUAUUGGUAGGUGGUUUUGACCUUGAAAAGUUAGAACAUUAAAAGGGUUCCGAUGAACCAAGAUGGACUGGGGUGUUCAUGAACCAUGAAAAAUCUGAAAAGUGUCAUUUCCUGCUUUUGAAUGUUAUGUGUUUUGUUGAAAUCUAGCAGUUUUAGUGAAAACACUAUAUAUACAUUAUCAUCUUUCAGGAGCCCAAUUAAAGGGGUUGUCCGAGAUAAUUAAAAAUCUCAAGCAUUAUCUGUAAUGUUAGAUUAAAAAAAUCAUAUACUUAUCCCUUUCUCUGGGCCCUCCCACUUUCUUUGUCUCAAACCCCAUCGGUGACGUGCCUGGAUAUGGCACGUGACCGCUGCAGCCAGUCACUGGUCUCAGCUGAGGACAGUGAUUGGCUGCAACGAUGAGUUGGCACAUACAAUGCCUCUCACCAACUACGAUGACAUGCCUGGAUUUGGCACUUCAUUGCUGCAGCAAAUCACUGUCCUGAGCUAUAGACUGCUGAGGGCAUUCAUUGGCUGCAGCGGUCAGGUGCCAUAUGCAGGCUUAUCGCCAAACAGCAGCGGGAGUGUACCGGAUGAGCGCCACAGAGAAUAGCGCUGGAAUAAUGGGAGAGUAUAGGACAGUGGUGGCGAACCUAUGGCACGGGUGCCAGAAGCGGCACUCGGAGCCCUUUCUGUGGGCACCCACACCCUGGAAAAAGUCUAUGUUGUACCAAUAUGCCUUAGAUGUUUCCUACCAUUCAUCAGCGCAGGGUGCACUCUGAACGGCACAGGCAGCACACUGAAUGUAGGCGGGCUAUUAUAGCUAAAUGAUUAAGUACAUAGAAGAUAUAAUAUAUCCGACUGUAGUAUUCAGGUUAAAUUGCCGUGUUGGCACUUUGCGAUAAAUACGUGGGUUUUGGGUCGCAGUUUGGGCACUCAGACUGUAAAAGGUUCGCCAUCACUGGUAUAGGAUGUUUAUUUAACGCAUUGUAGGGUUUGCCUGAGACAAAUUUACCUUGGACACUCUAUCUUUGGAGAAUAUUCAGGAGGAGCCCCUAAAACUUGUUAGAGAAAUCUGGGAGCAUCACAGUCACUAACCCUAGAAAAUCUGAAACGCACACUAUAAUCCCUCCUUUUGUGAGGUUUUGGUGUCCAGAGGGCAGUCUUUCAGUGAGAUGCAUAUGAAGGAAGACUGUCAAUCAUUAAGUGAGACUGCCCUCAAUAAACUCCUACUAGCAGGGAUUUGUAGGUCUACUGAAUCUCUGCUCCUUCUUGCUCGUAGAUGGAGCAGCAUGUCCAGUAAUCCAGACCUACUGUACAUAAAUCCUGUUAGAAACCCUUUUUUUUUAGUGCGGGCAUCUAUUAGUAGCUCAGUGGGUGACCCUCAUAUUCCCUACACUCGCUAUAGCUAAAUGCCAGUGCACCACCUAUUCACAUACAUGGUAACUAGCACCUCUGAGAUCUUUCUCUGUUAGAUGCUGUAACUUCAGGUCUUUUCCCCAAUGUACCAACAGUAAAGGGGCUGUCACAUCAGAGCCGUCUGUCUGUGUGAUCAGCUUAUCACCCCCAGCAAACAGCUGAGUUUGCCAGCUGAAGCUGCGGCCAACCUGGCAUUUCUUCUGCAGGGUAAAUGUAGCAUUAUAUGUCGGCCAUUAAGAUUCAUAGCCUUCUUUGUAAGUCCUUGCUGUGGGGGGUCCUCUCUACGAUGUCCAUAUGCCCUAAUAUAGGAUUUGGACUGACACGGUCUUCAUGAGAAAACCCCUUUAAAGAGGACCUGUCAGCUCUCCUGACGUGUCCGUUAAUAUAAAGAUUCGUGUUCCACUUAAAGGGGUUAGGUCACCAAUAUCACAUCAGUGGGGGGCGCUGACAUCCGGCACACCUGCCGAUCAGCUGUUUUGGGCAGCCACUGGCUCUGUGAACUAUACAGUGGACAUAAGGCUCCGUCCACUGGUGUUGUUUUCGAUGCCAGUGUACUGCAGCUCGGGUUCCAUUCACUUGAAUGGUAGGUGAGCUGUGAUACUCUGGUGCAGCUGAUCGUUGGGGGUGGUGGGAGUCGGACCUCCACAGAUCGGAUAUGACCCACCCUGAAAGGUAGGUCUUCAAUAUCUAAGUACUAGAAAACCCCUUUAAAAUAGCAACCAUUCUGGAUCCUCUUUUCUUAGAAUUGUUCAUAGCUCCUGUUUGAUACGUUGUUCUUCUGUUAUUCCUCCUAGAACUAUAUGAAUACAUUUGACAACUGGAUGUUACUAUUUUCUUUCUCAGUAUGGCCUGUAAGACCCUGCCCAAUCUGGGUUAACAGGGUCAGACGGUGUAGAGACAUUGGGGGGGGCGCGCGGGCGGUUUGUCAUUCCCAUUGCCCCUGGAAAAUAUUGAUUUGGUACAUGCCAAAUGAAUAUUUACAUAAUACUUUGCAGAAAUUGAUACGGUUAGCUGUUAAUUAAUCAAGGGCUAAUUUUUAAAAAGGCGCCAUCUCAUUUCAGUAGGAGAGGGGGCGUACAGAAACUGGAGUACUCAAGAGUGUUGUGUGAAAGAUGCGCCAAAUUUAUUAAACGCCGCACACCAUUGGAUAUAUCUGGCACAAAAUACAGCGACUCAGAAUCAAAGCAAAACCGACAAAAAAAUAAUAAUAAUCCAAUCAUGAUAAAUUGCUGCCCCAUAGCAAAGGGAAAUGAUAAUGCGGAGUUGUCCAUGUAUUCCCACUUUUCCAGCAGGCAUAACAGAGGUAUGGCACCACGCAGGGUCCUAAGAUGCUCUAGAAUCAUUUCACAGGGAUUAAAAGUAAUUACUAAAACAGACGUCAGGAGAGGUGACAGAUCUGCUUUAUAUCGGCCCCGUUUCACUGCAGACAGUUCUGGGCUUUACUGUAAUUCAUUGCGAUUUCCUGGCGUGCAGGGCUCCUCCUAAUGGAGGGAAGUGAAAGCAGGUUUAUUGAAGGUCAUAUAUAUAUAUAUAUCCUGUUUGUGCCGUCCACCUUUUUACAUUCUAUUUAUAAUGGUGUUUCUAUUUAUGCUACUUAUUUGAUGUUUAUUACUAUAUUCAUCCAAAAUUGCUGUGAACCCAUCUGAAAACAACCGAAGACGUUCCUUGCACUGUUAUAAGGAGACUUGGUUACACGCCUAUUUCACUGAAUAUGACUUACGUACUGUCUUAACGCAAAUUCUCACUCCUUCCACAAGCGCACAUACUCAUAUUUUGCUGGUUUUACUCUAUGGUGUAUUCAAAGCUGAUAAAACAUUCAUCUACUAUAGUUCUGUUUUGAAGUAAGAGACUUUCCGGUAAUAUUCAUAGUACAUUGAGGCCUGGUUCCCAGGAACGUCCUCGUUUUGUGAUGCGGUCUACGGUGAAUGUGACGACACGUCUGCUUUAUAUACUCACGUUUUUCUAUGAGCAUUUGUACAAGUUCUGUUUUUUUUUUUUUUUUUUCCUUUUCAGAGGACUUUUUUUUUUCCUCCCCAAAAGGGCAGACCCCCAAACUUCAAUCUCCUGGUGGCCUUUUUAUUUCUUUCCAAGUGCCAGAGCGUUUUGAUGUACAUUGUAUUUUUAUUUAUACGUAUUUAAUUUACAGCUGCAUGCAGAUUGGGUUUCUUUUAUAAAUUGUAUUUAUUUUUGUACAUUAUUUUGUAUGGUUUUUGU